AUGCACGUCGCACUUGAUGAUGAGUCGCCAUUUGUGGCGAACGCCCGAACCUUGGUGUCUUUAGCCAUCAUCGUCCUGGUGGGUUCUGUGGCUAGUUCAUCGGGAGUCGGGGGCGGCGCCAUCUUCAUCCCGCUGUUCAAUGCGCUCGUUGGCUUCAACCUCAAGUCAAGUACCGCGCUAUCUCAAGCAUGUAUUACCUUUGGAGCCGCCGCCACUUUACUUGCCAACCUCAUGCACCACCACCCGAGCGACCCAACGGUCGCUCUGGUGGACUUCACCCUCGUUGCGGUCCUGACUCCAAUGCUCCUGAUGGGGGUUGGAAUAGGUGUGCUGCUCAACGUGAUGCUCCCCUCCUGGUUAUUGACGACUUUGUUGUUGCUGUUGCUAAUAGCGCUCGUGGCGCAGUCGCUCAGUAAGGAGCACCUGCCAGCCAGCCAGGAGCCUGUGGUGGUGAAGUUGAAAAAGGGGCGCGCUGGAGGGGAGUGUUGGAGGGAGGAGGGCGACGUGGCUGCACUGCAUGAGCCGCUACUGCUGCCUGGUGGCGACGGCGGCGGCGGCGGGCCCGGUGGUGAAGACGUUUUGCUGACGGCGGGGGCGGCGGCGCUGGGGUCUCCUCGGUCGUGCUUGACACCCGCUCCUACUGCCGUCUGGAUUGAUCUUGAAGAAGAAGGCGACGUCGGCGGCGGUGGUGAUGACGUUAGUACGGCACCGGUGGUGGUGGUGGCGGCGUACGGCGGCGCACCGGCCGGUCCGGCGGACCUGAUUGAAUAUGACAUUGCUGACGCCGACAACGGAGGCCUGCAAGGUGUUACGGUUGUUGCGCAUAACCAUAAAGCAUUUUCUGCUACCGCCGCUACUGCUGCUACUGCUGCUACUGCUGCUUCAGUUGGUGGUGGCGCUGGUGGUAGUGUUGGCCAUGCUUGUGGUGUGCAUCGAGGUUGGUGGGGGACGCUACCGCCGCGGCAACUGCAACUGCAUCGUCAGCCACGACAGGUGAUCGGGGCCCCCAGCGGCUUUGGCUCCGGAACCAUUUCACGGAAGUCGCCGUUCCUCCUCCAGAGCACCAUCACUCAGCGCAGCACGGAUAACACGCCAAACGCCGCCGCUGCAGUGCCGGCAGCAGCGGCAGCGGCACCGUUGCCUCCGCAGGCCGUCGCAGCCUUUGCCGAGGCCCUCGCGGCGGCGCUAGCGGCGGCCGCCGCAUCGACGCCGUGUACGACAUGGUCUUCGUCUUGGGUGGCAGCGGCGACGUCGCUAUUUGCGCUGGCGGCGCCGUCGUGGCGUGCCUUCAAUGAGUUGGGCUUUGUUGAGGUUGACGACGGCGACGGUGGUGAUGAUGACGAUGAUGACGGCCAUCAGGCCGCCGCUGCCGCCGUCGACGACGACAGGGCGGAUACCGAGGAGCUGACGCCGCCGCUGCUGCCUCAUUCGGACCGCGAUGCUGCCGGGGGCGACGGCGGUGGCGGGAUCUUUAGCACGGCCCGGCACGCGCUGAUGGUGGUCGUGGUGGAUUCAGGGGAUGGUGAGGCUCAGAUUGCUAGCAGUCCUGGCGGCGCCGCCGACGGCGCGAAGCUGCCGUCACUACACACUCCGGAGCAUCGGCGGUCGUGCGACACGUACGGCAGUUUGGACGGCGGCAUCGUUACGGAGCAUGAUGCCGUCGACGCUGUGGCUGCUGUAGCGUGCGGCGCGCAGGUGACAACGGCGGCGGUGAUGAUGGCAGCGACAGGCGUAGUGGUAGCGGAGAGUGACGCCGCGGUGCCGUUGCUACAGCCGCUGCUGCCGCUGCGCGACUCCCACGGAGAGUCCGCGAACGACAAAGACACCUCUUGCUUAUUUUCGGAGCGCAGUUGCCUGGCAUCGGCUGCUACUGCUACCGCUGCUGCUUCCGUCGGAGAUGCGGCGGAAGACAGCACUGCCGUCGCCACCAGGGGCGACUGCGACGGCGGUGUAGGCGCCGCCCGUACAAAUAUUGAUCCCGUGACGGCACCACCGUCGUCGUCAUCAGCCGCCGCCUUUCCAACUACCCAGCGCAAGGCCCGUGGAGCUAAGUCUUAUGUCCGCAGCCACGUCUCGAGGUGCUCGUCCUUAUGGUGGGGUUUGACAGCCAGCCAGGCGGCAGUUUCCGCCGCGUCGGCGGUGGCGACGGCGCCGUCAGACCAGCCUCUCCCGGACGACUUGCAGCGUCAGCAGCUGUCAAUCGUACUUCGCGCGCCGGCGGCGGUGUUGGCCGUCACGUGUUGUGCGGGUCUAGCCGGUGGCUUGCUGGGUAUGGGUGGCGGUAUGGUGAUGGGCCCUAUGAUGCUGCACCUGGGACUGCACCCGCAGCCCCCACCCUCGCCCCCUCCCUCGUCUCCCGCUGCCCACCCCCUCAUUCCCCGGCCGGGGGUGCUACGGUGCCUUCGUCACACCAAUCAGGUCACAGCGGCCACCAGCGGAACCAUGGUGCUCUUCUCCUCCUCCGCAGCCCUGGCACAAUUCGCACUGUUGGGCCGCCUGAACGUUUCGUACGCGGUCGUAUUUGGAGCCGCCAGCGCCGCCGCCAGUGCAGUGGGCAGCCAGGUCCUGAGUCGCGCAGUACGGCGCAGCGGCCGCCCCAGCUUGGUGGUACUUGCGCUCGCUGCGGUGAUGGCGGCGGGAGCAAUUUGUGUGGCGGUGUACGGUCUUUGGGAGGGGAUAGAGGAAAUCCAAAUGCGCAGGCAUGGCGGUGGCGGUGGUGAUAGUGGUGGAGGAGACGAUCCCAGAUAUGGCGAUGUCCUGUGUACCUGUAUGUAUGUUGAUCUGUAUGCAGAGAUGUAUGUAUGUAUGUAUGUGUACGUGGAGCUCGUCAUCUGCGGGUGGAUGGAAGGCAGUGGGACUUAUUCUCCAAACACAGGAAUGCAGGAGGAGAACGGUAUGAUGUUGUGUCUGUGUGGGCAGGCAUCCACCUGGGGGCAGUGCACACAUGUCUGCAGCAUGCGGGCAGGAGUGUUAGCAGACCUGGAAGCUCGGGGCUCAUGUAUAGACAUACAUACGUGA